CUUUAGUUGGUGCCAUGGUGGCUGGUUAAUCAUUGUUUUGUACAUUGUUUUGUACAUACAGUAUAACCCCGAUAUCUGAACACCUUGGUUCUAGAGGCAGGCCGGAUAACUAAUUGUGCCGGAUAAUCGAAUAGAUAACCAUGCCUUGAUCCACCCACUUAAUUGAUAAACAACAGUGCCACAUGGUUGUUUGCGUGCAUGCGCAGAAGAUAAGCAGGCCUGUCUUGAUAGUAACAGCUGCAAUGCGCAUGCGCAUUUAAGGGACACGCCCAUUUUUUGAAUUAUUAAAAAGAAAAUUGUCAAGGCAAGCCGGAUAAUCAUAAUGGAGGGCGGGAUAAUCGAGAUUCUACUAUGUACUGUGUAAUUCGAAGUAACAUUCUAGCUCCGCCCAACUACUUCUUGGCACACCCCAAUAUUAUUAUUGGAUAGAGCUGACCAAAGUGAUGAACAUGCGUAACGAGGUUGCACUCUUAGUGUAUCCUAGUUUAGCUACUUGUCAAUUCUCAGGAGCCACAGUAUAGAGAGACUAUUUUGUAUGAUAGAUGAACUCUGACCCUUUUCAAGGCUAUAGCUAAUAUAAUAACUGAAAAGUUGGCAGGAGAUGCACAGGGUGUUGUGUGUUUCCAGGAUCACUAGGAGAGUUAAAUGUGUGCAUGCCUAGAGCCUACAUCAAGAGGUCAUGCCAUGUCACUGUUGAGCCCAGAUAUAGAUAUAGAGAGACUAUUAUUUUUGUAUGAUAGAUGAACUCUGACCCUUUUCAAUGCUAUAGCUAAAUAACUGAAAAGUUGGCAGGAGAUGUUCAGGGUGUUGUGUGUUUCCAGGAUCACUAGGAGAGUUAAAUGUGUGCCUAGAGCCUACAUCAAGAGGUCAUGCCAUGUCACUGUUGAGAAGAGUCUUGUAGGAGAGCAUUCAAUAGCUACAAUGAGCCUAAGCAGAGCUCCAGUAAACAGCAUCGACUUGGCACUUGCUCAGCAGUUCAAUGAGACUCUUAAGAGCAUACAUCAAUCAGGAGACUGUGAUGCCUUGGUUAUAAAAUCAUGUAUUCCCAAAGUGUUCUGUGCUGGCCUGGAUCUUGCUGAGUUGUAUCAACCGUCAAAAUCCCGUUUGGAAGAGUUCUGGAGGGAGAUUCAAGAGUUGUGGCUUGGUCUGUAUUCAUCCAAGCUGCCGACUGUAGCUGCCAUUAACGGACACUGCCUUGCUGGAGGAUGCAUCAUUGCCUCUUCAUGUGACUAUCGGAUUGCAGCUAAAGGGGACUAUUCGAUUGGUGUGAUUGCGGCUAAGGUCGGUGUAAUAGCUCCACCGUGGUUUCUGAAGAUGUUAGCUCAUCUAAUUGGGCAACGAAUGACAGAGCUUGCUCUCCAACAAGGACGACUAUUUACUCCCGAUAAUGCCUUAAAAAUCGGACUUGUGGAUAAAGUGUGUGAUCCUAGUGAUUUGAAAGAACAAACUCUAGAGGCAGUGUCUCCAUUUCUGAGUGUGUCCCAAGAAUCACGUUCAACAAUGAAGUUGUUUAUGCGAUCUGAACUCAUUGAAUCCUUCAAAGCUUUAAGAGAUAGAGAGGUUUUAACCUUUAUCAGCUUUAUCAUGGCAGAUUCAGUACAAGAAAAACUUGGACAUUACAUACAAAAACUAAAUCAGAAGUAAUAAUACAGUUGAUAUUGAUUUAUGUGUAUUUUUCUACUA